GAGUGUGCCAUUAUUUCAUCUCAGAAUGGCAUCUGUGGCUUACUAUGAGCUUUACCGUGGCAGCAGCCUCGGGUUGUCCCUCACCGAUACCCUGGACGACCUGAUCAACGAAGGCCGUAUUGAGCCCCAGCUGGCGAUGAAGAUCCUCGGGACCUUUGACAAGAUUGUGACUGAAGUCUUGGCGGACAAAGUUCGGGCCAGACUGACCUUCAAGGGCCACCUGGACACCUACCGAUUCUGCGACGAAGUCUGGACCUUCCUGAUCAAGGAUGUCUCGUUUAAACUGGACAACCAGACAACUGUGACCGCGGAUAAGGUGAAGAUCGUGAGCUGCAACAGCAAGCGGCCUGGCGAGGUGACAUUGCCCUGGCUUCGCACCGAGAAUAGCAUCCCUGUGAAAAAAGAGCCAACACCACGGAAGCGUGUGAAGACGGAACCCAGUCCUGAUCGCGACCUCACUCCCAAAAACACUCGAGUUUCUCCCCCCCAGGCGCGAUUUCUUCAGAUCCUAUUUCUGAUUGAAGGAAUUCAGUACGAUGAUGGCUGGAUCAUGGUUGAAGACGAGUUCUACGCUGUCGCGCAGACAUUUACUCAACAUCUACAUCAUGCGGAGUACCUGCGACGGCGGAAGCAGGUGAAAGCCGAAAAUGCAGCCGGAAUAGGAGAAAUUGAAAGGCCUACAGACGGCCGUACCCCACUUCCAAGUGAAGCCGAGCGGAAAAGAGAAGCCGAAGCACUGAGGGAGCGACAAAAAGCCGGACUAGCGCAGAUAGGGGACGGAGGAGUCGACGGGAGAGACGAAGAUGAUGAUGAUGAAAGAUGGGCCGGGACACAUCUUCACGGUCUCAUGACGAGUCCACGAAAAGUACAACCCUUGGUGGGAGCUCACGCGCCUAAGUCCUCUACUAGAGCUGCUGCGGGCUUUGGACAGCCACCUACUUUGGGCAGUGGGCGAGCCCGGGUGAACAGUAUCGGGAGUGUCACUGCACCAUCAAGAGCACCAGAAGUUCCAAACCUUCAACUGGAUGAAGAGACGGCCUCGGACUCGGAUGACGAUGACGAUCUUGACCUAGAAACCCAGCCAGUCGUGCUACCGCCGCCCAAGAGAACAAAUACCACUUUACGAAAAAGCCAGGCUCACGAUCAGACAACACCACGAGCCCAACAACUGUCUAAAAUACAAAGCACGUCUACAUCAAAGCCAAAAGCGAAGCCGGUACAUGGGCGAGCCAGCCCAGCGAACACGUAUAAAUCACGGGUUCAGUCGCUUUUUGAUGACCUCGAUGAACUACCAGAGUCCUCUCGGAUAAAUAACUCUAUCUCUAACAAGCCCAUGGAACCUCCUGCAAGACAAUCGCCUAUAACUGGCGGAGGGAACAAUUUAGACGCAAAAAAAUCCCGGCACAAUGAAGUGCCCACCUUCUUGGUUUGA